AUGCAUUGGUGUAAAAUUGUUUUCUCGGCGUUAACAUUUAUUUCCACCACACAAUCUUGGUCUCCGACAGAUUCGUAUGCUCCGGGAAAAGUGCAAUGCCCAAGCUCUGAUAUUUUGAGAGUUGCGGAUAGUAUAUCAGAAGAAGAGAGGUCAUGGCUUAGUGGAAGAGAUAAAGUGACGGAUGAAAAGCUUGUCGAGUUUCUCAAGUAUGCUAAUAUGUCAGAUAUCAAUCCAGAGGAUUAUGGAAACUUGAAUAGAAGCAUUCACAUUGGGCUUGCAUUCUCUGGUGGUGGUUAUCGUGCUAUGUUAAAUGGAGCAGGUCAGAUGAGUGCUUUAGAUGAGAGAACUACUGGCCUCAAAGGGGGGAACGCCAGCGGAUUGAAUGGAUUACUUCAAGCCAGUACUUAUGUUGCCGGUUUAUCUGGUGGAAGUUGGUUAGUUGGUUCUAUCGUUUUCAACAAUUUUACUUCAGUCCAGGAUAUUGUUAAUCAAAAGACUGACAUUUGGAACUUGAAACAUUCUAUUGUCAAUUACGGUGGAAUAAACGUGGUCAAGACAUAUGAGUAUUAUAAAGGAAUUUUAGACGAUAUAGAUGACAAAGAGGAUGCUGGAUACGAUUUAUCUUUUACCGAUAUCUGGGGAAGAGCAUUAUCACACCAAUUUCUUACUACACUUAAUGACACAGGAGCAUCGUUAACUUUCAGUUCGGUUCAGGAUUGGGACGUGUUCAAAAACCAUGAAAUGCCAUUCCCAAUAUUUAUUAGUGAUACUAGAGCAGAGGGAACCAAGAUUAUCAAUUUGAAUUCAAGUUUGUCAGAGUUUAAUCCAUUUGAGAUGGGAAGUUUUGACAAGAGUAUUUACCAAUUCGCAAAGAUCAAAUACUUAGGUACAGAAUUGAGUGAUGGCGAUUCAAAUGGAACAUGCAUUGGUGGUUAUGAUAAUGCUGGAUAUAUUAUGGGUACUUCAUCGACUUUAUUUAAUCAAUUCUUGUUGCAGAUCAAUACUACAUCCUUGCCAUCAAUUGUGAAGAAGGUUGUCACUUCGUUAUUGGAUCGUGUGAGUAAUCAUGAGAAUGAUGUUGCAGUGUAUGAUCCUAAUCCAUUUUACGAUACCACCGUUGGAACAUCAAGUAAUUUGGCCGGCAAUGAAACUUUGGUCUUGGUUGAUGGUGGUGAAGAUGGACAGAAUGUCCCAUUGUGGCCGCUCACUCAACCUGCUCGUGAUGUUGAUGUUGUAUUUGCAUUUGACAAUUCAGCCGAUACUGAUGGUAACUGGCCUAAUGGUACCUCGCUUAUAAAAAGCUAUGAAAGACAAUUUGUGAAUGCAGGUAAUGGUACCAUUUUCCCAUAUGUGCCAGACGCAAACUCAUUCAUCAAUUUGAACUUGACUGCUAGACCUACGUUUUUUGGAUGCGAUGCAAAGAACUUAUCAUCAUUGCUUCACAACAAUAGCAGUAACGGUAAUCUGUCUAGUUCAUACACUGUUUAUGAUUCACCAUUGAUUGUAUACAUUGCCAACAGACCAUUUUCGUAUUGGACAAACACAUCGACAUUCAAAUUGCUGUAUGAUGACGAUGAAAGGAAUCCAAUAAUUCAAAACGGUUUUGAAGUUGCCUCGAGAAACAACUUGACCUUGGACCCAGAAUGGCCAGCUUGUGUUGGAUGUGCAAUCAUUAGAAGACAGCAGGAAAGGAAUGGAGAGGAACAAUCGGAACAAUGUAAACAGUGUUUUGAAAGGUAUUGCUGGGAUGGAAGUUUGGAUUCAGAGGGAACCAAGUAUAACUUUACUGAAACUGGUACAACCAAUGGAGAAGAAAGUAGUUUGAAAAGUGCUUCCACUUCUUCUAGCACAUCAAGCUCAUCUAGCUCCUCACACAGUGGGAAGAAGAAUGAUGCUAGUGCUCGCUCAUUCGGUUGGAGUUUAUGUUUCGGUUUGCUCGUGUUGGUGGGUAUAAUAAUCAUUGAUCAAUUUUGA